AUGUUCAGACAGCUUGGAUGGAUCUCGGCGAGAGCUGGCCACGUGCUACGUACCAGCAGCCCACUUGUAUCCCAACCAAGCAUUGCCAGAUCACUUCAUUCCACCAGCAGGCCGUUCGCUCAAGGCAGUUUGUUCGGAUCGAUCACUGAAGAGGAACCAGAAGCUCCAGCCAAGCCAGAGGAGGAAGCAAAGACUGGCGAAAAACCACUCCCCAAAGAUGAUAAACCUUUGCAGGAACACUACCUUAAAGAAGUCAAAGAAAAACAGCUCAGCAGUGAUAAGUUUGUGAGUCCACUCAAGAGAAGACUCUUUGCGUUGAACGUAGAGCAGAACGGAUUCUUCAAGAACGAACAGUAUAUCCGUGACCCAGAGUCCAACAAGACAUACAAGGUGUCGCUUACAGGUGAAGAAAUUGACAUUUUGGAGCCCACCGUGUACAUCAAGUCGUACCGUAUCAAAUCGUCCAUGAAGAAAGCCACAGUGGUGAACAGAUUUGUGCGUGGGUACAACGUCAAGACUGCCAUUAACCAAUUGCAUUUCAACCCUAAAAAGAUGUCCACUGAGUUGGAGAAGUUCCUAAAGCGUGCACUUGGCCAGGCCAAGGAGGUUGGCAUUGACGAAGACGAAGCGUUUAUCCAAGCACUCUGGGUCGGUUCUGAUGGAGGGUGGAUCAAAAGACCCGAUAUCAAGGGCCGUGGACGUACAGGUGUCAUUCACCACCCAUACGUUCACUUAAAGGCUAUCCUCAAGGGCAGCCAAACCAAGCAGAGAAUUGCGUGGGAAAAGGCACAGAAACAGUUGGCAGCCAAGCCUAAACUGUUGUUAAACAACGAGCCUCUUAACUUCAAGGUUCACUCUUACUACAGAUGGUAA